ACUCAGGCGAUGGUUUGACACGCAACUGAAACAUGGUACGCAUGCGUGUUCAACCGAGUCCCUCUAAGCGAAAUUUUCAUUUCCCUGUCGGCCCAAGAAUUAAUGGAUAAAAGUACGUAAAGCUAGUAGAAUUUUCCACAGGAAUUGAAGCAGCAAGAUGCAAUCAAAGGAUAUAGUAAGCACGUUAAAGAAGUUCGACGCAUACCCUAAGACGCUCGAAGAUUUUCGAGUGAAAACUUUCGGUGGAGCGGCAGUGACAUUGGUUAGUGGAUUGCUGAUGUUCCUUCUGUUUGUAUCAGAAUUAAGUUUUUACUUAUCAACAGAGGUUACACCAGAACUAUAUGUUGAUACUGCCCGUGGAGAAAAGCUUAGAAUUAAUGUAGAUAUCAUUUUCUCAAAAUUACCCUGUGUUUAUUUAAGUAUAGAUGCCAUGGAUGUAUCUGGCGAGCAACAGAUUGAUGUAAUGCAUAGUAUAUUUAAAACAAGAGUGGAUUUGGAUGGAAAACCUAUAGACGAAAAUGCAGAAAAAGGAGAUCUAGGUGAUAAGAGCCACGAGGCCAAAGAGUUACUUGAGCUUGAUCCCAACAGAUGUGAAUCUUGUUAUGGUGCAGAGACAGCUGGAAAGACUUGCUGUAAUACAUGCGAAGAUGUGAGGGAAGCCUACAGAAGGAAAGGAUGGGCGUUAUCAGAAAUAGACAACAUCAAACAGUGUCUCAGGGAAGGUUGGAAAGACAAACUUCAAGAGCAGAAAAAUGAAGGCUGUUUAGUGACGGGUCAUCUGGAAGUUAACAAGGUGGCUGGGAACUUUCACUUCGCCCCCGGAAAGAGUUUUCAACAACAUCAUGUUCAUGUCUCCAUUCUCAAGUUAAGCUCAGGGGGAAAUGUUAUUAAACUGAAUAUGCAUGAUUUACAGCCAUUUGGAUCCACUCAGUUUAAUCUAUCUCAUCAUAUUCGCCACCUUUCAUUUGGCCAUGAAUACCCUGGAAUAAAACAUCCCUUAGAUGAUACAUAUAUUUCUGCAGAAGACGCUGGAAGCAUGUACCAGUAUUUUGUGAAGAUUGUCCCAACAAUGUAUCGGAAGUUAAAUGGCGAGGUUGUAAGAACUAACCAGUUCUCAGUCACUAAGCACAAGAGAGUGAUAAGACAGGUGUCUGGUGAACAUGGUCUUCCAGGUGUUUUUGUUUUGUAUGAAUUCUCUCCGAUGGUGGUUCAGUACACAGAGAGCAGAAGAUCCUUCAUGCAUUUUCUGACAGGAGUCUGUGCUAUAGUUGGUGGUAUUUUUACAGUUGCUGGACUUGUGGACUCUAUGAUUUACCAUUCAGCUCGAGCAUUGCAAAAGAAAAUUGACCUAGGGAAAGCAAGCUAACGUAUUUUGGAGAAUGGUUGUCAUGUGACCCAAUCUGAUGCAGCAGUGUUAGGUGACAAUAGACUUUGGGUGACAUAACGGCGAGCUGUACAAACUUUCAUCCACCACCCAGAACAUUUUGGAAAUAUCAAGGCAGUAGAAUUAGAAAUUAUCUCUAGGGACCAGUUUUUAUAUGGAUUUGUAAUAAUAAUCAACAAUAGUGUAGUCUUUUAACUCUUUAUCUACUAGAAAUGAUUAAAAUGUAACUUCCCUCUGCAAUAUCCAAACAUUAUCCAGCAAAUCAAUAACAAGAAUUCUCAUCUUAACAGAUAGUUGGUAUCUUGAUAUAAUACUAAAUUCUUGUAAGUAAGUUACAAGGGAAUGUAUAAUAGCUAGAGGAGAGAGUUAACAGUAAGAUCUUGAGAGUUCAAGGAUUUUAAACGAAAACAAUAUACUUCUGAAUCACACUGAAUUACAAGCGUGUGCCACCUUAAAAAAAAACCAACCAUAAUUAAUUUAUGAAGCUGUAUUACUUUUCUUAUUUUCGGGGCAUUAGUCAGGGACGAAUGACGAAAUGCCAUUUGGAUGCCCAUCACCUAAUGUUUGAUAGGCUGUCCUCAAUACAUUGUCGCUACAGACUGAAAAUAUUAUUUGAAUGUGUUGAUUUUGAUCGAUGUAAAUCGUUAACGGCAGUUGUGGUUGGUGGUUUCGAUGAUUUUUAUUUAAUUGAAUUGCAUAUAUCAUUUCUUGUGUACUGACAUUUGAAAUCUAGAAAUCACUCUGAGGUUUAGUACAAUGGUUCAAAAUUGCAAAUCAUAAAAAGAGGCCUAAAAAAUUUGGUUUGUUGCUGCUGAGUGAAAAACUGGAACUUGUAAUUGAGUGAAGAUUAUCCUUGUGUCAUUAUAAGAAAAAAAGUUUUUUAAACA